CUACGGCAACACUAACAAUAGUGAGAACUGAGGUGUAUGAAUAGAAAAUAAAAACAUUUUUUCAUAAUUUCUAAAAAGUUACAAAAAAAAUGCCUGCACUUGACGUAAACGCUAUGAAGGUGGCAGAUCUUAAACGAGAACUGAAGAUACGCGGCCUUUCCAUAAGUGGUAAUAAAACUGAAUUGCAAGAGCGUUUGCAAGCGGCAAUUGAAGGUGAUCCAUUAUUAGAAGAUUCGGCAAUUUCUGGCGAGGACUUACUAGACGAAGAUGCAGUGUUAUCGGAUGAAAAUGACUUAUUGCAAAGCCCUACAGCUGUAUUGCCUACAUUAUUACCGAAAUCGUCAAUAGAUAGUAAGAAUAUUAGCGGGGCGGCGGAAGAUGAUUUGUUGGAGUCAUCAUGUCAAAAUUUCAAAAAAAUUGUAUUAAAACGUAAAAAUUCAAUUACGACGAAUCCAACAACAGAAUCAACAGAAACAAAAGUAUCAACGUUAACAACACAUAAAGAAAAUAGUGAGCAUUCGGUAAAUAAAGUUAUGAAAAUGAGCGAACGUAAUCCCAUAACAAUGAUUAGCGCGAAUAAUAAAAAGGGUAAUGACAAUAAAAUAAUUAAAAAAGUUGGAGAACUUAGUAUGCAAGAGCGUUUAGAGCUGCGUGCUAAGAAAUUUGGCAUAAAUGUAUCAACAGCGGAGGACACUGGCACUUCAAAGGAUGUCGAAAUUCAAGGCACAAAACGAGUGACGACAAUUGCUAGCAAACCGGCCGUAGUUAACGAUGAGAAGCAAUUAGAAAUAUUAAAGAAAAGGGCAGAGCGUUUCGGUUGCGUUAUAUCAACAAAUCUUGCUAAAGUUGAUGCUGAAGAAAAACUAUUAAAACGUAAAGAGCGCUUUGGUGCCGAAACAAUUAUUGCGGACGCUAAAGCUAAGACUACAAAUAUUAACAAUAUUACGAAAGAUGAAUGGGCUGAAAGAGCACGCAAACGCAUGGAACGUUUCAAAACAAAUGCAUCUACUAAUAAUAAUGUGACUAAUAUCAAUGUCACAACAGCUUCGACAACAGCCGCAGCUGCUAGCAAUUGAAAAUGCACCCGCUUUGAAAAAUUAUAUAAAUUGCUGUCCUUCUAUUUUCAUCCUUAUAGUUAUAACGGACUAAUGUGUUUUAAUUUGUAUUCUACUUUUUUCAAUUUUUUUUUUUUGAUCAUUUAACUAAAAUAAUA